AGCGUGAGCCCCGCUCCUGGAGACUUGGGAACAGUUCUGCGCGAGCGACUGCGCGCCUGGGAGAGAAGGGGAGUGAAGGAGCCAGUGCAAGGGACCUAGACGAGACAGGGCGACAAAGCAAGCGCCCGAGGACCUGCGAUUUGAGACUGAAUGACCAUGGCUGUCUCCGCACCUCCGGUGAUCUCUGCAACUUCAAGUGGCGCCGGCGUCCCAGGGGGCCUAUUUCGAGCCGAACCCGUGUAUUCGACUCCCGGAGAGCCUCCUCGUCUCACCCCCAAUAUAAUGAACAGUUUCCUGGCCAACAACCACAGCGGCAGCGCCGGGGGCGGCGGGGUCGGCAGUGGCAGUGGAGGCAGCGGCAACACCAACACCAACGAGUGCAGGAUGGUCGACAUGCACGGGGUGAAGGUGGCCUCGUUCCUGAUGGACGGCCAGGAACUGAUCUGCCUGCCGCAAGUCUUUGAUCUCUUCCUCAAGCACCUGGUGGGGGGCUUGCACACAGUGUACACCAAGCUGAAGAGACUGGACAUAUCCCCAGUGGUGUGUACUGUCGAGCAGGUCCGCAUCCUCCGCGGGCUGGGGGCCAUCCAGCCCGGGGUGAACCGCUGUAAACUCAUCACCAGGAAGGACUUUGAAACUUUGUUCACCGAUUGCACCAAUGCCAGAAGGAAGAGGCAAAUGACAAGAAAACAAGCUGUUAACAGUUCAAGGCCUGGCAGGCCUCCUAAACGUUCUUUGGGAGUGUUACAGGACAAUGCUCGCCUUCUGCCCCAUUCAGUCCCAGGCCUCUUAUCUCCAGGACUUAUCACUCCGACAGGUGUAACAGCUGCAGCAAUGGCUGAGGCAAUGAAGCUGCAGAAGAUGAAGCUUAUGGCUAUGAACACUCUUCAGGGAAAUGGAAGCCAAAAUGGCACAGAGUCAGAGCCUGAUGAUCUUCAUUGUAAUACAGGUGGAACUGAAUCCUCGUGGGAUAAGGAUAAGAUGCAGUCUCCUCUUGCUGCUCCUGGACCCCAACCUGGAAUUACUCAUGCUGCCCUGGCUGGCCAGCCAGGCCUUGGGGGUGCUCCGACCCUCAAUCCACUGCAGCCGAACCACCUGCUGACCAAUAGACUGGAUCUGCCAUUUAUGAUGAUGCCUCAUCCUCUACUUCCAGUUAGCUUACCUCCUGCAUCAGUUGCCAUGGCAAUGAAUCAGAUGAACCAUCUAAAUACUAUUGCCAACAUGGCUGCUGCAGCCCAGAUUCACAGCCCACUCUCCAGAGCUGGGGCCUCUGUUAUAAAGGAGCGGAUCCCGGAGAGUCCUUCUCCUGCCCCGUCUCUGGAGGAGAGCCAUCGCCCUGGGAGCCAGACGUCCUCCCACCCCAGCAGCAGCGUGUCCAGCUCUCCCUCUCAGAUGGACCCCCAUUCAGACAGGAUGGUUAUGAUGUCCGGCAAUAGAGAGGAACUUAUUGUUGAUCAGGAUAAUGGACCAACCAUCAAAAAAUUCCAAAGGGAUAAUAGAGAAGACGUAGCAGUUCAAAUCCCAAUGAUCAAGUCUCCACUGGACAAGAUGCAACUGCCUCCUGGGCAGGCGUUGCCUCCUGGAUUCCCCGGCCCCUUCAUUUUCGCUGACAGUCUGUCUUCAGUGGAGACUCUGUUGACCAACAUUCAGGGUCUUCUGAAAGUGGCCCUGGAUAAUGCGCGCAUCCAGGAGAAGCAGAUUCAACAAGAGAAAAAGGACCUGCGAUUGGAGCUCUAUAGAGAAAAAGAAAUUAGAGAAAAUCUGGAAAGGCAAAUAGCAGUUGAGCUCCAAAGCAGAAAUACCAUGCAAAAGCGCCUGAAGAAGGAGAAAAAAGCCAAGAGAAAACUGCAGGAAGCUUUGGAAUUUGAAUCGAAGCGACGGGAGCAAGUGGAGCAAGCACUUAAGCAAGCCGCUACUAACGAGAGCGGCCUGAGGAUGUUGAAAGAUACUGGGAUCCCAGAUAUCGAAAUAGAGGACAAUGGGACUCCUCAUGAUAGCACUGCUAUGCAAGCCUGAACGCUGAUGCCUGAACUCCAGCUGAUCGUAGGCACAAAUAGCGUGCUGUGGCAGUUACCUGCUUCUCUAGUGUUGUAAUUCUUUUUAGCGUUCAUACUCAAAUUGUUCAACUAUGGAACCGUCAGUUUCUGUUUGUUUAUUACCAAUAAAUAAACCUUUGCACGUACAGGCCAAAUGUGCUAGAGAAUGGGUUUCCCACAUUUUUAGGGGAUAAUCAUAAUGAUGAUUAUGAUAUUGUAC